GGGUAAAAUUGGAAAAUGGGAAAGAAUUGGAUAUGCAAAAUCUGAGAGGAAUUUAUAUAUAAAUAGGGUAGAAUUGGAUUGGAAGUGGAAGAAUAAGGAGUAAGGUGGAGGGGAUUGUUAAGAAAUGGAUAUCCAACUAUUGUGUUCAUGGGAACGCCACGAGAAGUUGCCGGAGAAGUAUGAACGGCCUGAAUCGGAUAGGCCGCGGCUGUGGGAGGUGUGUGAUUGGGACAACGUUCCAAUCAUCGACAUGGGAUGCGAGGAGAGAGGGAGGAUUGUGAAGGAAGUGGGGGAGGCCUGCAAGUCCUACGGUUUUUUCCAGGUUAUCAACCAUGGUGUGAGCAAGGAGUUGGUGGAGAAAAUGAUAGGAGUUGGGAAGCACUUCUUUGAGCUGCCGCUGGAGGAGAAGUUGAAAUUUUAUUCCGACGACCCUUCCAAGACCGUCAGACUCUCCACAAGUUUCAAUGUCCGGAAGGAGCAAUUUCACAACUGGAGGGAUUAUCUCAGACUCCAUUGCUAUCCUCUCUCCAACUACUCCCCUCAUUGGCCCUCUAACCCACCUUCCUUCAGGGAAAUAGUGAGUGAAUAUUGCAUGGAAGUACGGAAACUUGGGUACAGAAUAGAGGAGCUGAUAUCGGAGAGUUUGGGGCUGGAGAAGGAAUACAUAAGGGAGGCGUUGGGUGAACAAGGUCAGCACAUGGCUAUAAAUUGUUAUCCGCCCUGUCCCCAGCCGGAACUCACCUACGGACUCCCUGGCCAUACGGAUCCCAACGCCCUUACCAUUCUCCUUCAAGACCUCCACGUCGCCGGCCUCCAAGUCCUCAAAGACGGCAACUGGCUCGCGGUCAAUCCGCACCCCAAUGCCUUUGUAAUCAACAUAGGCGACCAAUUGCAGGCAUUGAGCAAUGGCGUGUACAAGAGCGUGUGGCACCGAGCGGUCGUCAAUGUGGACAACCCCAGGCUGUCCGUCGCUUCUUUUCUCUGCCCUUGUGAUGAUGCCCUCAUUACUCCUGCACCGCCCCUCACCCAAAAUGCUCAUGGACCUGCCCCCAUCUACAGACCCUUCACCUACGCCGAGUACUACAAUACAUUUUGGAGCAGAAACUUGGAUCAACAGCAUUGCUUGGAACUAUUUAAAAACCACCCUCCUUAAUUUUAUUGAACCCUUUCCAUCCAUAAUUCCACAUGUUAACGCUAAUUUGAUCUACAAAGGAUGAUUCCACACACCCCCUUUUUUAAACUAAACUUUUUGGCCCAGUCAGCCCCCAUUUGGCUUUGCUCUGCCGUCUCCUUUGGGGUGAUGUUGUGUCAAAUCAUCUCUCAUUACCUACUUACAUCAUCAACAUGGCUGUUAAUGGCAUCUUAUUAAAAUUGAAAUAAAAAAUUGAGAAAUAAUUAAAAUA